AUGGAGCACAAGAAAGGCAAAACCAUCGUGCCCGUCAUGUGGGGUACCAUGAUCCUUUUCCCGGUGUUGGCACUUGUCUUUAUCAUCCUUAGGCUUUAUUGCAGGCGAUGGCUUAAAAAUGCAACGGCCGGAUAUCUUGAUGAUUAUGUGUUGAUUUUGUCAUGGAUCCUAAUGGUCAUAACCUCCAUCAUAGGUUUGAUGCUCGCCAAGCACGGCGUUGGCACAGCCAUCGUCGAGGGGCAAGAAAUUAUAGUCGAACCAGAGGUGAUGCACGCUCUUCUUUUCUGGACCUCAAAUCUGUUGCUCUUCGGCAUCAACGCCAUUGCAUUUUCCAAAGUGUCAUGGUUCAUAACCCUCAUUCGUCUGGUCACAAAGCGUUGGCAGAAGGUUGUGCUCUGGGUCCUCAUGGUUUUCAGCACCGCCGCCCUGUUUGUCGCUUCUACCUUUGGGUACUACCAAUGUCAUUUCUUGCCUGACGGGAGCUGGAACACUCCAGCAACAUCGGACCAGAGGUGCCUCGAUAACUGGGUGGCCAUCAAGAUCAGCCUAGCUACCUCAAUCUACUCUACUGUCCUGGAAUUCGCAUUGGCGGCUGUUCCCGCCUAUGUCAUGGGCAUCAUCUGUGCCACGAGCGUGGGCUUUGUGUCGGCCAUGAUGGGAGCCUUGAGAACAAAGGCAUAUUACGAUCACCUGUUUCCGCUGGGAAACAUCCCCUUCCUGCGUCCGCUGGUUAAGAAGAUGGCCAAAGCCCAUGAUGAGGAAGAGUUAUCGUGGCCAUAG